UCCUCCGUGCGUCGGCACGUAGCCCACUAAGCCCCGCCCCCGGCCUGGCUCUCACGCACCAGUUACGUCUGACCGUAAAAAAUAGAAACUUCCAAGAUGGCCGAGGCCGUGGACUCCAUGCAUUUCGCAGCAAACAGCAAAACAAAUUCCCCUAAACCCCUGAUAGCUAAACGGCCGCCGGAGAGCCGACCGCAGUCUUCCAGCGACAUUUACCCACCUCCCCCUAAGAAGGUCCGGGUGGAGGAGAAGGGCCUGAAGCACAGGAAACUGAAUGGAGAGGUGUGCGCAGGGGAAAAACACAACGGGAAGCAGAGUUGUGGGAGCCCAGCGAAAUGGAGUUUCGGCCCGGCCAAGGCGAGCCACUCCACCGCCGCCGCGGUGCCAGCUACUCCCGCUCGGAAAAUAUUCAAAAUCAGCAACUUCCUCGCAUCGCCUCACAAAGUGAAAAAGGCGAAAGAGAAACGACACAAGGAGAAGGAGAAAAGCAGUGAAGCGCAGCGGAGCUCAGCCGCUGGUGUGGAGAGAGUGAGCCCAGCUAGCUGCCAUACAAAGACCGAGAACGGCGACGUGAAAAUGCUACAGAGAGAUCACAGUGCAAAUGAGAAAGACGGAGAGAAGAAGAAGGAAAAGAGCAAAGAGUGGAAAAAUCACAAAUUGCCACCUGUACAUGACAUUGCAAGAGAAAACGGAGAAGUGAUUUCUCCACAGAAAGAGUCUGAGAAGCCCAAAGCUGGUUCUGAUGAAGACCUACUGCUGAAGAAACUCAAGAAGAAGAAGAAAAAGAAGCACAAAGAUGGUGAGCGGGUGAAGGAGAGACACAGCAGACCCAAAAUGUACCAUCGCUCAUGCCAGACAGUGUGUUCAGGAGUGUCUCUGGGUCCACCCGACUUCCUGGGUCGAGUUAAUGGAAACAACAGCAUUGACAGCAGCAGUCUACUCCACAACACCACAGCAGCAGCAGCACCACCACCACCACCACAACAACACCACCAGGAUCCUGCUGUUGCUGCCGCUACUUCCGCCUCCAUCUCCUCCAUGGUCAGGGACAGGCUCAGCUACAGCUCCCCGCUCCACUGCACCCCAGCGCCGGGCCUGUCAGGUCUGGAGUUUGGCCGUCUGAUCCACAUCGAGCAGCAGGCCAACGGCGGGGCGUCUGUGGCGCACGCCUACACUGAGCAGCUCUCCGGUCUGUCUGCGGCUGAGAUGCAGCGUUUCGCCCAGGAGUUUGUGACUCUGUCGUUCAGUGAGGACGAGGCCCAGGCUGCGUGUUUUGUGAUGGGGAUCAUCCACGGAGCUGCAUCCUACCUCCCAGACUUCCUGGACUACUUCUCCUUCAAGUUCCCCAAUGCGCCAGUAAAGGUGGAGGUGCUCGGGAAGAAGGACAUAGAGACAACAACCAUGGUCAACUUCCUCGCUCAGGUGAAGCGGACAUAUUCCCAGGGAACGUACCGUGCUGGCGCCAUGCGGCAGGUCAGUCUGGUCGGUGCUGUGGACGAAGAGGUUGGAGACUACUUUCCCGAGUUCAUCAACAUGUUAGAGGAAUCUCCCUUUCUGGAGCGGACUCUGCCCUGGGGAACGUUCUCCAGUCUGCGGCUGCAGAGCCCCACAGAGAGCGAUGACGGCCCUAUUAUGUGGGUCAGACCGGGAGAACAGAUGAUCCCUAUGGCAGACAUGCCAAAAUCACCCUUCAAAAGGAAAAGGUCCACCAAUGAGAUAAAGAACCUGCAGUAUCUACCCAGAGCCAGUGAGCCCAGGGAGAUGCUGUUUGAGGACCGGACGAGAGCCCACGCUGACCACAUUGGUCAGGGGUUUGAGAGACAAACUACUGCUGCUGUAGGUGUGCUGAAGGCUGUGCGCUGCGGAGAGGACAGUGACGCUCCUGGCCGGAUCACCAAAGAUGUUGUGUGUUUCCACGCUGGAGAUUUCCCAGAUGUGGUCAUGAGGCUGCAGCUGGACCUUCACGAACCACCGCUGUCUCAGUGUGUACAGUGGAUCGAUGAUGCCAAGCUGAACCAGCUAAGGAGGGAGGGGAUCCGAUAUGCCCGAAUCCAACUCUACCACGAUGACAUCUACUUCAUUCCCAGAGGAGUUGUCCACCAGUUCAAAACUGUGUCUGCUGUCUGCAGUCUUGCCUGGCACAUCCGACUCAAACAGUAUCACCAACACGAAGAGAAGGAGGAGGUGAAGGAAGAGAAGUGUGCACCUAGAGAAGUACCACUUCAUAUCAAAGAAGAAGAAGAUGAAGAGGAGGAAGAUGAAGAGGAGGAAGAUGAAGAGGUGGACGAUGAAGAGGUUCAGGGGAAGGAGUGUGAUCCUGCUGUACAGACGGUGACGAAGUUGGAGGAUGAGGACUCCGAGGGAGGGGAGGAGCCACCCUCACAAACUCCGACACACAUUUUCAAGGAGGAAGAGCAAGAUAACAGAGCUGAGAUGAAGGGGGUGUCAUCGACACAGUCUCUACCUUUUGGCAAGAAGGAGAAAGAUGAAGGUGUUCUCACUCGCACACCAAUGGAGCCUAAAGCUGAGGAAGAUGAGAAAGAGAAAGGCAAGGGAGGGGGAGAUGGGGACACAUGCCAGGCACUGCAGAAGGGCCACGAGGAGGGUGGAGUAGACAGUUCAUCUUUAAAGUCAACGCAGCAAAUUAGGAAGGAGAAUUACGUGGAGGAAGAGAGGCAGCAAAAGACCACUGUACCAGAUCAAGGUCUAAAAGAGAAAACUAAAGAUAGUAUAAUGAGCACUUACAACACACUACACAUCAAAAAGGAAAAAGAGAAAGGAAAAAGAGAGAAAGAUGACAAGGAGAGGGUUAAAGAUAAGGAAAAGAGGGAUAAGGAUAGGAGUAAAGAGAAGGAAAGGGAUAAAAAGGAUAGGGGGAAAGACAGGGAUAGAGAGAAGGACAGGGUGAGAGAGCAGGAGAAGGUUAAGGUCGAGGGAGGAAGAGAGGGUGGUACACCGACGCAGCCAUUGCAGCAGAUGAGGAAAAAAGAGGACGAGGAGCGGACAAGAGAGGGCAGUAAAGCCUCUCAAACUUCCAUGCCUGCACAGAGAGACGAGAAGUGGUCCAAGGAGUGGGACUCAAAGACACAACCCCACGUCAAGAGAGAGAAGGAGCACGAUAAAGACAGGGGAGGAUCACAGGGAGCGUCUCACUUACGGCCAGACAGAGAGGAGGCUCGAGACGCCUGUUCGCAUAAACACAAGUCUUCACACGGGAAGAAGGAGAAGAGCGGGCACAGGGAGGGCAACACGUCGAGUAUGCAGGGGGCAAAGUCGGGGAGAGAAGACGGAAAGACGGGAACUCCAAAACCUGCAAACAUUCAGGUUAAAAAAGAUGGAAAGAAGGAUAAAGAUGUCAACAGUAAAGAGGAGAGGAAGAAGUCUGCCUCUUGUCCUGCACCACCAGAACACAAACAACCACGGACGCUCAUCACCUUUGACCUCUUUAAGCCGAUGGAAGCGCACCAAACUCUGGCCCUUUCUUUCACAGACAGUCGGCCUAAGACGCACCACCACAGUGACUCUCGAGGCUCUUCCUCUAAGCCCGGAUCUGACAGUCGGACAGUUGUGCCCUCUAAAGGUACAAAAGCAAAGGACACAGUGCAGGGAAAACCUGCCACACCCCUGCAGGACACUCGGCCACAACAGCACUUGUUAAAACAGCCCCUUAAAACACACACACCGCAAACACAGAAAGACUUCUUAAUAUGAAUGUCUAGAUGUCUAGUCUUCUUUUUUUACUGUACAACUUACGCCAAGGCUUUGUUUAAAGUAUUUGAAAAUGCAUCCUUCCUUCAGACACCAACUGGUCUUUCUAAUUUGUAAUCGGGGAGCGGGGUGCAUUCCAUUUCUUUGCUGACACAGCCACAUUACUCCAGUGACAUAGUGAAAAGAGGAUGCACUCCCAAGUAUUUUAUCAGUGCCUAAGAAUGUAAGCUAAGUAGCUCACUUCACGUUUGUUAGCGAAUGUAUGUAGGCUCUAUAUAAAAUGUUAUGUGACCCAUGUGUCAGUGCCUGUGCACUACUUAGCUUCGCUCUUAAAGCACCUAUUUUAGGUACUGGACUAGCCAAUCUGAAAACAACCAUCUUUACUCCGUGCUAUAGGAAUUACGUUCAUGGUUUGGGACAUUACAGUAAGACACCGAGCUCCUGCUGAAAUGCUCUUUGCCAUGUUGCUUUAGUCGAUGGGGUUUGUCGUUUAUAACACUCCAAAAUCGGAGCAAGUCGUUGUUUUCAGACUGGACGUUGUUUGACUCACACAGGGCUGUAAAUGAUACUGUAUGUACCAAAACUGUACAGUAUAGAUGUUAUUAGCACCAAUGUGAGAAAAUGUAUACAGAAAUUGCAUAUAUUUUUUGUAAGACAAGUUUUAUUUUCCAUAGAACUUAUUUAUAUCAUUUACUGUCUGUUUUUAUUUGAAAUCAAUAUAUGUGAAAAUUUUGUUGUAAAUACAUUUUAUUUCCUAAGAUAAGACUUGGUAGUGUGAUUUAUACUCUGAUCAGAACCUCUCAAUAAAUGGUUCAAAAAUAUGGA